AUGAGGAGGAGGAGUCCAUCUGGGUUAAAAAGCCCCGCAGUACACCAAGGCAGGAAACCCCGGGAUCCAGAAAGCCUUCUGUUUUUGCAAUGCUGCCUGGGAUCGGAGCCCCACAACCUGUCCUCAUUGCUCGCCCCGGAGGCCGGGCAGGAACCUCUGCCAAAGCUUCUACCUCAGCCGCUGGCAGGCCAUGCGGCCUGGGGCAUUCACGGAGCUCCAACGAGUCUGUUACUGGCUGGGGAGUGCUGGCGCCAGGGCAUGGCUGUGCCCGCUGAUCCUCCUCCUGCCUCUCCAUGUCAGACUUCUCCUCGACCACCACCUGGACCACUGCCACGAUAUCGUCCACAGCAGCACCUUCUCCUCCCCCUAGGGCGCCUCCACGCUCCGUGCCCCGGCUGCCCUCUCCAGCAGAGCCUCCAAUUUGAACGGGGUACACUGUCCGCUCCACGUCUAUGGUAUCUCAUUGUAUUCGCAAGGUCAUGGAUGAAGCUGGAAACCAUCAUACUAAGCAAACUAUCACAAGGACAGAAAACCAAACACCGCAUGUUCUCACUGAUAAGUGAGAGUUGA